AUGCCUCUCCGCCCUCACAUCGGUCUCGGUUUCCCAUCUCACGCUUACCAAAAACGUCAUGUAGAACCUCACGACCGCUCUACAGGAUACCAGCCCAAGGUCCGCAUCACAGAUCGGUACCGCAUUAUUGGAUUCAUCAGCUCCGGUACCUACGGACGUGUUUACAAGGCUGUCGGUCGCAAUGGAAAGCCCGUCGGCGAGUUUGCCAUCAAAAAGUUCAAGCCUGAUAAGGAAGGCGAGCAGAUUAGCUACACGGGCAUCUCGCAGAGUGCUGUCCGUGAGAUGAGUUUGUGCAGCGAGCUUCACCACCACAAUGUCAUCCGUCUUUGUGAGAUCAUGCUCGAGGAUAAGUGCAUCUUUAUGGUAUUUGAGUAUGCAGAGCAUGAUUUGCUUCAGAUUAUUCAUCACCAUACUCAACAACCUCGGCAUCCGAUCCCUCCAGCAACGAUAAAGAGCAUCAUGUUUCAACUUCUCAAUGGCUGCCAAUAUCUUCACACCAACUGGGUUCUGCACCGUGAUCUCAAGCCCGCCAACAUUAUGGUUACUUCAUCAGGUGAAGUCAAGAUUGGUGAUUUGGGUCUCGCGCGCCGUUUCGACAAGCCUCUUCAUUCGCUGUUCAGUGGAGACAAGGUGGUCGUCACAAUAUGGUAUCGUGCACCAGAACUCAUCCUUGGAUCUUACCACUACACCCCGGCCAUCGACAUGUGGGCUAUUGGCUGCAUCUUUGCAGAACUUCUAUCUCUGCGACCCAUAUUUAAGGGCGAGGAGGCCAAGAUGGACAGUAAAAAGACGGUACCUUUCCAACGCAACCAGAUGCAAAAGAUAAUAGAGAUCAUGGGCGUGCCCACAAAGGACAAAUGGCCCCUUCUCCCGACCAUGCCUGAAUACAAUCAACUCAACACCCUCGCCAACACGAUGGCCUCGUCUCAUCACGGCCACCACGGUCAUCAUCACCCUCAUCAUCACGGCCACUACGGUUCCCGCAACCCUCCUCCGCCUCCACCCGGCGGCUCAAACCUUGAAAAGUGGUAUUUCAGCACCAUCAACCACACCAGCACCCCCGGAGGAGCUCCACCGCUUGCCUCCCUUGGUCAAGAGGGCUACAAGCUACUGGCCGGCCUUCUCGAGUACGAUCCCUCAAAGCGUCUUACUGCCGCUCAAGCUCUUCAAUCGCCAUUUUUCUCCACUGGUGAUCGUGUUAGUGCGAAUUGCUUUGAAGGUUGCAAGAACGAGUACCCUUGUCGACGCGUCAGUCAAGACGACAAUGAUAUCAGGACCAGCAGUUUACCUGGAACGAAGCGCAGCGGGUUACCUGAUGACUCGCUCAUGCGGCCAGCCAAAAGGUUGAAGGAGUAG